AUGAAUACCUCCUCACUCAACUCCUCUUACUGGAGACCAGAGUCGGUGGUCAUUUCCCUGGUGUUUUCAGUCAUUUUCCUGGUCGGCACCGUGGGAAACUCUCUGGUCCUCGCCGUGCUCAUCCGCAAGGGGCAAGACAGCAAGACGACAAACUUAUUCAUCCUGAGCCUCGCAGUUGCAGAUCUGAGUUUUAUCAUCUUCUGUGUGCCCUUUCAAGCCACUAUCUACACCAUGGAUGAGUGGGUGUUCGGUCCUGUGGUUUGUAAGGUGGUCCACUUCAUCAUUUUUCUCACCAUGUACGCCAGCAUCUUUACCCUGGUAGCUGUUUCCCUGGACAGGUAUCUGGCCAUUUGCUACCCACUUCACUCCAGGGAGACGAGAACACCAAAGAAUGCCCUGACCUCUAUCUGCCUGGUGUGGGGCUUGGCCUUGGUAUUCUCUGGACCGUAUCUUAGCUACUACAGACAAAUGGACCUGGGUGGUGCUGUGGUGUGUAUUCCUGCCUGGGAGUCCAAGCCCCGCAUCGCGAUGGAUGUGUGCACCUUCGUCUUUGGGUACCUCAUCCCCGUCCUGAUGCUCAGCCUGACCUACGCUCGCACCAUCCGCUACCUGUGGACCGCCGUUGACCCGGUAAAGGACAUGUCCGAGUCUCGGAGGGCCAAGCGGAAGGUCACCAAGAUGAUCAUCAUCGUGGCUGUUCUCUUCUGCCUCUGCUGGCUGCCCCAUCAUCUGGUCAUUUUGGUCAUGUGGUUCGGACACUUCCCCCUCAACCACACCACCUACGUCCUCCGCAUCCUGUCCCACCUGGUGGCAUAUGCCAACUCUUGCCUCAACCCUAUCGUCUACGCGCUCAUCUCCAAGCACUUCCGCAAGGGCUUCAGGAGAGUGUUUGGCUGCACGCUGAGGAAGAGGGUGGUCAACAAGGUGCACAUUAUCCAGGUGGCGAGCACGGUCAGCAGCAUGGAGACGUCCACCUAG